CGAAAAUGCAGUGAGUCACGCUCCCAGAAAAAGCAGAGCCAUAGAAGAUCAAAAGGCUGACCAAGAACAACUUCCUUUUACUUCUCUUUUCUUAUAUUAGAAGAGUUCUUUCUAGAGAGAACAACAUAGAGUAAAGAGAACCAAAGAAUUUUCUUUCUACUUUGCUUUGUCUCUAAGCCAUCUCUCUUCUUGGCCUUAGUCUUAUUCAAAGGUUUUAUUUUUUUUCUUUUCUUUUUUCUUUAUUGUUGUAUACACAUUGAAGUUUUCAUAUAAGAGGAAGUUUUCGAGUGUAAUGGAGUUCAAUCAUUUCAUGUCUGUUUUUGUUUUAUAGGAAUCUGAUAUGGGUUCAAGGGAAUACUGAAGUAAUUUUUACUUUGGGGUGAUAAUUUGGGCGCCAAGUUGAGGAUUCAAAUGGAGGAAAGACCAUUCCCUGCGUGGUCAUGGUCUGUUGAGCAGUGUUUGAAAGAGUACAAUGUGAAACUAAACAAGGGUUUGAGUAGUUAUGAGGUGGAAAACCAGCGUGAGAGGUACGGUUGGAAUGAGCUCGUCAAAGAGAAAGGGAAGCCCCUAUGGAGGCUUGUGUUAGAACAAUUUGAUGACAUGCUGGUAAAGAUACUUAUGGUUGCAGCUUUUAUAUCUUUUAUUCUAGCUUAUAUGCAUGGAAGUGAAUCUGAUGAGUCUGGGCUUGAGGCUUAUGUGGAGCCUUUUGUGAUAGUAUUGAUUUUAGUCCUUAAUGCCAUUGUUGGAGUAUGGCAAGAGACCAAUGCCGAGAAGGCACUUGAGGCCCUUAAGGAGAUGCAAUGUGAAUCUGGAAGAGUUUUAAGAGAUGGGUUCCUUGUACCAGACCUGCCAGCCCGGGAGCUUGUCCCUGGGGACGUCGUGGAAUUGCAGGUUGGUGAUAAAGUUCCUGCUGAUAUGAGAAUAGCGGCUCUGAAAACCUCAACUUUGAGAUUAGAGCAGAGUGCACUGACUGGAGAGGCAGUGCCUGUUCUGAAAGGUAGUAGUCCUAUAUUCCCGGAAGAAUGUGAGUUGCAGGCAAAAGAAAAUAUGGUUUUUGCAGGUACGACUGUGGUGAAUGGUAGCUGUGUCUGUAUUGUUGUUUGCACUGGAAUGAACACUGAGAUUGGGAAAAUACAGAAGCAAAUACACGAGGCCUCUUUGGAAGAGAGUGACACGCCUUUGAAGAAGAAGUUGGAUGAAUUUGGGAGCAGGCUUACAACUGCAAUUGGGGUUGUUUGUCUUGUUGUGUGGCUUAUCAAUUACAAAAACUUCCUCUCUUGGGAUAUGGUAGAUGGAUGGCCUGCAAAUGUCCGGUUCUCUUUUGAGAAAUGCACCUACUAUUUCAAGAUAGCUGUUGCCCUUGCUGUAGCCGCGAUUCCUGAAGGCCUCCCUGCUGUAAUAACAACAUGUUUAGCUCUUGGUACAAGGAAAAUGGCUCAGAAGAAUGCAAUUGUACGGAAGCUUCCUAGUGUUGAAACAUUAGGAUGCACAACUGUGAUCUGUUCAGACAAAACUGGGACUUUGACCACAAAUCAAAUGUCUGUUGCGGAAUUCUUUACCUUGGGUGGGAGAACCACUACUUGUCGUAUUUUCCAUGUUGAAGGCACAACUUAUGAUCCUAAGGAUGGUGGAAUUGUUGAUUGGACUUGCUACAAUAUGGAUGCUAACUUACAAGUUAUGGCAGAAAUAUGUGCAGUUUGCAAUGAUGCUGGGAUUUUCAGUGAUGGUCGCCUUUUUCGAGCUACAGGUUUGCCCACAGAAGCAGCUUUGAAGGUUUUGGUUGAAAAGAUGGGAGUUCCAGAUGCCAAGAUGAGGAACAAAAUUCGUGACAUACAGCUUGUUGCAAACUAUUUGAUUGACCGAAGCACAGUUAAAUUAGGCUGCUGCGAGUGGUGGACCAAAAGAUCAAAAAGGCUUGCAACAUUGGAAUUUGAUCGCGUACGAAAGUCUAUGAGCAUUAUUGUCAGAGAGUCUACUGGGCACAAUCGACUCCUUGUCAAGGGUGCUGUGGAGAGUUUACUGGAACGUAGUACACAUGUGCAACUUGCAGAUGGAUCUCUUGUUCCAAUGGAUGAACCUUGUAGGCAAUUAUUGCUUUCAAGACAUUCAGAUAUGAGUUCAAAGGGAUUGCGAUGCUUAGGAUUGGCAUAUAAGGAUGAACUGGGAGAAUUUUCAGAUUACCAUUCUGAGAAUCAUCCUGCUCAUAAGAAAUUGCUUGAUCCAGCUUGCUAUUCUUCCAUUGAAAGUGACUUGAUUUUUGUAGGAGUUGUUGGUCUCAGGGACCCUCCACGAGAUGAAGUUCACACAGCAAUUGAAGAUUGUAAAGGAGCAGGGAUUAAAGUUAUGGUGAUAACUGGGGAUAAUAAAUCCACAGCUGAGGCUAUCUGUCUUGAAAUUAAAUUGUUUUCUGAUAGAGAGGAUCUUAGAGGGAAAAGUUUUACUGGUACAGAAUUCAUGGCUCUCUCCCCUUCGCAACAAAUUGAAACUUUGUCAAAACCUGGGGGGAAGGUGUUCUCUCGUGCUGAGCCUAGGCAUAAGCAAGAAAUUGUUAGGAUGCUAAAGGAGAUGGGGGAAAUUGUUGCAAUGACUGGAGAUGGUGUGAAUGAUGCACCUGCCCUCAAACUGGCUGACAUUGGAAUUGCUAUGGGCAUAACAGGAACUGAGGUUGCAAAAGAAGCUUCUGAUAUGGUUUUGGCAAAUGACAACUUUAGCACCAUUGUUUCAGCUGUUGCUGAGGGUCGCUCAAUUUAUAAUAACAUGAAAGCUUUUAUAAGAUACAUGAUAUCAUCCAACGUUGGAGAAGUAAUAUCCAUAUUCUUGACUGCUGCUCUGGGAUUACCAGAAUGUAUGAUACCCGUGCAACUUUUAUGGGUGAAUUUGGUUACUGAUGGUCCUCCUGCGACAGCUCUUGGGUUUAAUCCACCAGAUGUUGGCAUAAUGCAGAAACCACCCCGUAGAAGUGAUGAUGCUCUCAUUAAUUCCUGGGUUCUCUUCCGUUACUUGAUAAUAGGUUCUUACGUGGGUAUAGCAACUGUUGGCAUCUUCAUCUUGUGGUACACUCAGGCUUCCUUUAUGGGUAUCAAUCUUGUGAGUGAUGGGCACACACUAGUUGAAUUGUCUCAGCUUCGGAACUGGGGAGAGUGCUCUACAUGGUCAAAUUUUUCUGCAGCUCCAUAUAUGGUUGGUGGAGGUCACCUGAUCACUUUUUCAAACCCAUGUGACUACUUCACCAUUGGUAAAGUGAAGGCAAUGACUCUGUCACUGUCUGUAUUAGUAGCAAUCGAAAUGUUCAAUUCUCUGAAUGCGCUUUCUGAAGACAGCAGCCUGCUUACAAUGCCACCUUGGAGAAACCCUUGGCUUUUGGUUGCCAUGUCAGUCUCAUUUGGACUUCAUUGCCUGAUACUCUACGUUCCAAUCUUGGCAAAUACGUUUGGUGUCGUCCCUUUGAGUCUGAAUGAGUGGCUUUUGGUAAUUUUGGUCUCUAUACCUGUGAUACUUAUUGAUGAGAUUCUUAAAUUUGUGGGAAGGAGUCAAAGAUAUAGAGUAAAGAAGGAGAAGACGGCAUAA